AUGGUUCUCUACGGUGGUGACAGCACAAUACUCAUCGUAGCACUCUUAAUAAUAACUGCCAUAACAUGGUACAUUUACAUCUUCUUCUUCAAAUCCAAAUACCAAAAUUUACCGCCAGGUCCAUCUGGUCUUCCUUUCUUCGGGAACCUUCUAUCUCUACAACCAGAACUCCACACUUACUUUGCCGGACUGGCCCGAAUUCAUGGCCCGAUUUUCAAGCUCCGGCUCGGUAGCAAGCUCGGAAUCGUCGUGACUUCACCUUCCAUAGCGCGUGAGGUUCUAAAAGAACAUGACGCCAUUUUCGCCAACCGUGACGUCCCUGCUGCUGCUAGAGUAGCAUCUUACGGCUGCUCUGAUAUGGUAUGGAUCCCUAAUGGGGCAGAGUGGAGGAUGCUGAGGAAAGUUGGCGUCGUGAAGAUGCUUAGCAACACAACUCUUGAUUCCGUUUAUGAGCUCCGCCGCGGUGAGGUUCGGAGGACGGUUGAGUAUAUUCACGAUAGAGUUGGUUCAACGGUGAAUGUUGGGGAGCAAGUUUUUUUAACGGUGUUGAACGUGAUUACGAACAUGAUGUGGGGUGCGGGAGUGGAAGGGGAAGAGAGGGAUAGUUUAGGUGCGGAAUUCAGGGACGUGGUGGCGGAGAUGACGCACCUUUUGGGAAAACCGAAUUUGUCGGACUUUUUCCCCGCGUUGGCCCGAUUUGAUUUGCAAGGUGUGGUGAAAGAUAUGAAAGCAUUGGUUCCCCGUUUUGAUAGAAUAUUUGAAAAGAUGAUUAGUGAACGUGUGAAGAAGGAAGAGGAAGGAGAAGUGAAUGAAAGUAAAGAUUUUCUGCAGUUUUUGUUGAAUUUGAAGGAUGAGGGUGAUUCCAAGACGCCAUUCACAAGGACUCACAUUAAGGCACUUCUCAUGGACAUGGUAGUGGGUGGAUCUGAAACAACUUCCAACACAAUUGAGUUUGCAAUGGCAGAAAUGAUGAACAAGCCAGAAGUGCUGAGGAAGGUUCAAGAGGAAUUAGAAACUGUAAUUGGAAAAGAUAACUUAGUAGAAGAGUUUCAUAUUCAUAAGCUACCCUACUUGCAUGCAGUGAUGAAAGAAACCCUUCGUUUGCAUCCGGGAGUUCCGCUUUUGGUUCCUCACUGCCCAAGUGAAACCACCAAUGUUGGAGGCUACACAGUUCCAAAGGGAUCUCGCGUGUUUGUAAAUAUUUGGGAAAUUCAUAGAAACCCUUCGGUUUGGGAGAAUCCGUUAGAAUUUGAUCCUACAAGGUUCUUGGAUGGGAAGUGGGAUUACAGUGGGAAUAAUUUCGAUUAUUUUCCAUUUGGUUCUGGAAGAAGGUUUUGUGCUGGAUUACCAAUGGCUGAAAGGACUGUUUUGUACUUUACAGCUACCCUUGUGCACUUGUUUGAUUGGACAAUACCACAAGGAGAAAUAUUGGAGAUUUCUGAGAAAUUUGGUAUUGUUUUAAAAAAGAAGAAGCCUCUGCUUGCUAUUCCCACGCCACGAUUGUCCAAUCUAGAUCUUUAUAAAGAGAAUUGA